AUGUUCCCGGACGACACAAUCAGACCAUGAAAAUAAAGACAUAAAUAAAUGCCCUCGACCAAUGACCCCGCUCUCGGCACAUGGCGCUCUGACUCGGCUUUUAUCCGAGCAGCUGUCCAGAUGGCAGCGUUUGAUAGAGUCCGGGAAAGCGAUCAAAAUGUCCCAACUUUGGUGAAUUGUGAGCAGCGAUAUGCAGGGGGCGCAGUUCAGGUUUUGGGAUAAUAAUUGUCAUGCGCAAAGAAAAAAAAAGAUGAAAAGUCGCUGUCAGUUUGGUUUGUCUUUCUUUGCAAGGCCACUCUUCGGCGCCCACGAGCGAGGUGCCGAUCCCCAAAACAAUGCAUGCAAUCUGCAGCGCCUUUUGAGAAUGUUCUUGGCGUUCAUCCAUCUUGAACAAAACGUCGGCAUUCUGAGCUGCAGUUGCUUUGGAAAGCCAGUCGACUAAGUUCUCGUCAAUAAUCAACUGGUGAGAAAUGUCGUCAUUGUUCUUCAAGGUCAGUUGUUGAGUCCCGCCAGAGGCACGGUUGCUUCCCUGAACACAGAAGGUGGUGCGGUAUCAGAAGCACUGACCCAUUCAUUUUGCGCACAUUUUGCUCCUAGGGUGGUGGUAGUCCACUCCCUUCAUUUGGGAGCGCAUCGGACGAUUACGAGACUUUGACCAAACUGGCCAUCGGAGCGCAUUGGCUUUUCAAAGCGGUGCCGCUCGUCAACCCGACGAUGCGCUGCUUUUGCAGCGGGCGAGUUUUCUCCGUGUGAUCUGCGAGCGGCCGACAGCAAUUGUGCGGCCAUUGACAGACCCAAAUGGAGGCUGCAGUAGCCUUCACUCGAUCCUUAACUUUACAUUUGGGCCUUGACAGGGCGCCCGACCCGGUCGCCAUGAGCACCGAGAGGCGCGAGGAGGCGCCUGGCGACACUUGCUUGGCCAGCGUUCACGUCGUUGGCGCCGAGGGCCAGCGGCUUCGCUUCAUGCGCAAGGAUGGCGGGUUCCCCGUGGCCUUCCGCAAGGUGCCCGGAGACUGGAGCCCGUACCUGCUGGAUCUUUUCACCACGCUGGUAGAGAUACGCUGGCGGGUGAUGCUCCUGCUCUUCUCGCUGUCCUACAUCGUUUCUUGGCUGUUCUUCGGGCUUUGCUACUGGCUCAUGGCGUAUGUGCAUGGCGACGGCGGCCGUGGCCCCUGCGUGCUCAACGUCUAUGACUUCACGUCAGCGUUUCUCUUCUCAAUGGAGACCCAGGCCACCAUCGGUUACGGCUUCAGGGGCGUGACAGAAAACUGUGGGGUGGCCGUGGCGGCCGUGACCAUUCAGGACGUCACCAGCUGCCUCCUGGACACCAUCGUCAUCGGUAUUGUUGUGGCAAAAAUGGCGUCGGCGCGCAAAAGGGGUCAGACGGUGGGCUUCAGCAGAGUGGCCGUGGUCAACCGGCGGGACGGCGUCCUGUGUCUGUCGUGGCGGCUCGGAGACUUCAGAGGGAAUCACAUCCUGGAGGGUGUGGCCAGGGCGCAGCUCGUACGCCACUCCAAGCAACCACGGGGACCCGUGCUGGUGUCGUACCAGGAUGUGGACAUCCAGGAGCGGGAGCUCAUCCUCGCCACGCCAGUCCUUCUCGUGCACAAGCUCCAAGCGGGCAGCCCGCUCUACCACAUUGGCCCAGAGGGGCUUCCGGAGGAGGAUUUUGAGCUGCUGGUGUCCUUCACCUACAUGGGCGACUCCACCGGCACGCUCCACCAGACGCGCACUUCCUACACGCCUGCCGAUAUCCGCUGGGCGCAACGCUUCCGUGAGGUGCUUAAAGUGGGCAAGAAGCACUACAAGGCGGACUAUGCGCUGUUUCACCAGACGGCGUGGGUGGCCACCCCGAUGCUGAGCGCCGAGCAGUACGACCGGGGAAGGGCUCCACCUGGCCUCUUGCGCUCGCUACGGGGCAAGAGAGGCCGCUGCUGCAUGGAGGAGGUCAUCUGGCAAACCCGUUUGUAGUCUACGGAGCUUCGGAGAUGCUCAGAUGUCGGAUUUAUUUAUGCUUUGACGGCUUUUGGAUGUUCAAAAUAAAGUCUUUAAAUGGGA